AACAUGCUCGAUCAUUGAUGAAUGGGGAAGGACAGUAUUUUGACUUGAUUUGUUAUUAUUCUUGAGAUUUGAGAUACAUUUAUAUUUGAAGUAAAUCAUGAUACGAUUGCAUUUUCAUAAUGUAACUAUGACUUGAACUUUGCUGUGCGAUAUGGGUGAAAGCGUUAGGAAUCGUGCGUUGCUCGUAGAGUGAGCUGCGAAGAAUACCGGUGCCGAUGAAAGCGAGUUGUGGCAGGCGAGUGUCAUAUUUCAAAGACUAAAUUUAACGCCGGCGGCUGACAAACCUAAUUUCUUGCAGACUAUAGUGGGAACUCGUUUAGUUAGCUUCUCUGACGGUGUAUAAUGUCUUAGACACUGUAAUCAAACACAGUCAGCGUAAGAAAGAGUUGGAGGCAGGAGCUUCCCGUUUGGUCCUUAUGCCGAACACUCUGGAAUUAUAACAUUGGUCAUACCGGCAUAUACCACACGUCUUUGACUGGACCAGUCCAUUAAUGGAUUGUCCCAUUUGCCGCCACCUGGGCCUCGUUGCAGCAGAGGAGGGGUGUGACUGAUUUGUUCCACAAUACGUCACAUGCUGAGAAAACGUAGUCCGACCCUCGUUAACCGACAUGGCAUGGAAUAGAAUGUUUAUCUGAUAUGAAAAGAAGAAAGUUUUUGUUCUAAAACACAGAAUGGAGCCCCAAUGCACAUCGUUCCAAAACAUUCCACUAUGUGUGUUGCUGUUCCUUUCUCUUGUCAACAUCGGCCGGGGAGAUGCAAGCGUUGGUGUCCCAGACAAAGUGCCGCUUUAUACCCAGGGAGCCCAUAUAUCACACGGCUUACCAGAUGUUCUUGUGUUUGUGGGAAGAAUUUUUGAGUACUCAUUGGCAUCACAUGAAAUAUUUGGACAAGAUGGUGUCAAACUACAGAUACAUGAGGUGGACAAAGAUGGCCUCCCUGACUGGAUCAACUACAACUCCUCAUCCCAUUCACUGAUUGGUGUUCCAAGGUCACAUGACACAGGGGACACCUACGUGGAGGUGACACGUCAGUGCGAUGCCGAUACAGCUUCCUGCCAGACUAUAUCCGAUGUGUUCCGAAUUACUGUAAAAUAUGCUGGUCUGGGAGCAACAGGAACACCCACACCGUUGCUAUGGCAACCAACCUCUGCCGUUGACAAUGCCGCCAUAUUGGGUGCAAGUUCGCCAUCACUGUCCACUUUAAAUGAGCAUGGAUGCGGAGAUGAGGUUGUGCUGGCCAGUCUUGUCCUGUGUGUGGCCAUUGACUCGCUUGACAUGCAACAGAAGGUUACAAUGUUGACCAACAUGGCUGACUUCCUGUCCCAGCCUGUAUGGAAGAUGACAGUGAUGCCCUCUAGUGGUCAUAAACUGCGAGCAGUUGAACGAGGAUUCCAGAUCCUCUCAGCUGGACCAGGGCCUGGUGGGCUUUGUGAUCUGGAGAAGAACGUAGAACUGUCAUGGAGGUUGACCUGCUCGACGGUGAAACAUAUUGGAGACUUUGUGAAGGUUCUUGAGCACAACCUGAAUGUAGGACGCAUCGAGAAUGAAGUGGGUCAGCCGGUAGUAGGAUGGUAUGUGGCUUCAUCAGACUCGCUUCAGACCAGCAAGAAACGGAGACGGAGACAGCUACCUUACAGAACCCCAGUCCCAACUCCAGUGCUCCAGCCAGUCACACCGACAGUGGUGUACGAAACUGUCCGAGUUAGUAAAGAAAUUUUAAUGAGUCAGACAAUUUCAAGUGAAGAAUCCAUGUACGCCUCACAGGUCAUGACAAGACAGCAAGUGAUUGUUGAAGAAUCUCCUUCAUUUAUGCUUCCUAGCUCUCGACCAGAAGAAAUACCAAGCUCCAGUCGGGUGGUACUUGAUGAAAUCACUCCCUCAUUAUCGUUCUCGACAUCUUCAAAAGUUAUGAUGAUGUCUUCCAAAUAUGUUGAACAAGAAUCUAUGAUAACCAGUGGUGAAUCAGACUCAUUAGAGUCUAGUCAGGCUAGGGUUGUGCCUUCUUCUCGACCAAUAUGGAUACCCCAUGUCACAAGACUUCUACCAGAUUCUCUUGAUAGCUCCUAUUCUGGUUCGGGAUCUUCUUAUGUAGAUGCUUGGCCAUCUGUUGUGGAUACAGGCCCUAUCACAAGGACGUAUGACCUUCCGGACUACUCCUCAUCUGGCAUUGUGUUAUCUGUAGAAACAAUACCUUCAAGAAGUGUUCAAGUUGAAGCAACGCCAGCUGUGGACAUGUUCUAUACAUCAUCAGCCCUGCCUGAGGUGUUACCGAUCCCGAUAGUGCCAACCACCACAGAUACAUCGGAGGAAAUGCAUGUUUGGGAAACAUCUGAUGUCAUGCAUCCUAAACUGAGUGACUAUGAAGCAUCCUUUACCAAGGUGGCUCAGGAGGUGACAUCUCCAGAGGCACUACCAAUCCCUCCAGUUCAGUCCACAAUAUCAGAGGCACUACCGACUCCUCCAGUUCAGUCCACAAUAUCAGAGGCACUACCGACUCCUCCAGUUCAGUCCACAAUAUCAGAGACACUACCGACUCCUCCAGUUCAAUCCACAAGCAUAUCAGAAGCACUGGGUGUUUGGGAUACGCCUUAUGUUGUGCAGGCUAAGGAGAGUGACUAUGACUACAGCCCCUCAUUUACACAGUUGUCACGGAGGAUGACAACCCUUUACACAUCUGACUUGGAGAUGCUGAUCCCCUACACCUCUUCCUCUUCUGUAAUCUAUUCCUACUCCUCCUCCUCCUUCUCUACAUCCUCAAGUCCAUACAUCUUUUCAUCAUCUGGUCAGAACAUCUAUGCAUCUUCAUCAGAGUUUAGUGGCGACACAGCCAUGUUUAUCAUCCCCGAACAACUGAUCCCCGUGUCUUCGCAUGUCAUCCGGUCAUCCAAGGUAUCAAUGGGAAUGUACCCAACACAGCUCUUCGUCCCCACAACCAGAGAGAUGUUUGCUUCAGUGGCUUCUGGUGAUGAGUUGUCCGUCAGUUCCGUUGUUCCCUUGAUGUCAUCAGCAUUGUAUAUUCCAAUGGGAUCAGGAUCUGGGUCUGGAUCUGGGUCCGGUUCUGGGGAUAGUAUCCCUAAGGAGUCCCUCCCUUCAAGCGGGUAUGCUUCAACAACUGUUGCAGGGUCAGCUGAGGUCUCUGAGAUGUCUGGUUCUGGAGUGAUGGGAUCUGGAGACAAUGUCACACGUGCAGUAGAUCAUUCCACUACAGAAAUGACAGAAAUCAACCAUGCCCCAUCUGUUGUGAUCCCCAUGUCUGAGCCGCUAAGAGUACCUUUGGGUGUUUUCUGGGAGUUCCCUAUCCCCAAUGAUGUUUUCUUUGACGAGGAGGAUGGGGAUGUGACUAACCUUGAGCUGAGCUUGACCUUCAUGGACGGGCAGAGAUUCCCCCCUGAUUACUGGCUACAGGUGGACAAAAACAGACGUGUUCUCACAGGACUACUGCUGGUCAGUGAUCUUGAUGCCACGAACAAUAAGAUUCUUCUUGUGGGGACCGACUUGGGCGGACUGUCUGCAGAGACUGUCAUACAGCUGGACUUUGAGACACCAGCAGCUAUACAACAGACACAUAAAUAUGACAUUGCAUUUUCGGUUGAUUAUGAUGAAUUCAUGAGAGAGAAAGAAUCAAACCUGAAACGACUUUUGGGUCGGAUUAGCUCCUACUUUGGUGACGAGGACUCCAGCAACAUUAGAGUGUUGGAUCUUCGCAGAGGGUCGCUGGUUCUUUCGUGGAACAAUGUGACGCUGAAUGGGUUGGAGUGCAACAACCACACCAUCAAGAGAACCUUCACAAAGAUAAUGAGGAGAGGAGAGACCAUUCGUUCGACCUUCAUCAAACACAUGCAGCCAGAGUUUAACCCCCUGUUUGUGGAGUAUGAGUUGGUGGGAGCAUGUGCUAAUCCUCCUGUUGUCCCAAUAGUGGAGACAUUUCAGACAGCUAAACCAUAUCAGCCUGUGUUUGUGGAUCCAAGGGGACCAGAGAUCUUCCCAUCAUCGGCGUCAGUGGUUGGAAUGGCUCCAAGUGUAACUGAUCAUUUAUAUCAUUCAGGUCAAGGUAGUGGACUGAUGACUGAAGGAAUGGGUCUGUUUUCAGACAGGAUGGAUGUUUCCUCUGUGUUUGGGAGUGGCGGGAUGUGGACAAUAGCAGUAGCUCCUCCAGGAUCAUCACAGAGUGCCCAGUACUUCGCUACCAUCUCUCCUCAGCUUGUUUCAACAAUGGCAUCUUCAUCAGCUUUUAUCCUUCCUCCUGAUUUCCGGCCAGAUUUUGUCACUGAUCCUGUUGACACCAGGACUGAGUCCUCAACUGAUACCGAUUCAUCCACUUCUUCCACAACAUCGUUCAUGGAGAUUACGACGUCCAAGAGUCGGAGACAGAAGACAACAACGGAGGAGAUGACGUCAUCUAGAGAGCAGAAAACGCUGCCCUGGGUGUCAGUGGAGCCCUGGACACUUCCUGCUGGGACAACAGAAGCCACAGACCAUUUUCCUUAUUUGGAGAACCCUGUGGACUAUAUACCAGCCCAUCUUGGCAAGUACUUGGAGUUCCCUAUUCCACGAGGUGUGUUCUACGAUCGGGAAGAUGGCGACACUCGAGCAUUGCAGUUGUCCUUGACCUUGCUCAAUGGGCAGAAGUUACCCAAAGACUUCUGGCUGCAGCUGAAUGCCAGGAAGCAGAUUAUUUCGGGGCUUCCACUUCUCGUUGACCUUGAUAUUAGCUAUCAUCUGAUUACACUAGUUGCAACAGAUUCGCAGGGACAGUCGGUGAAAGAUGCCAUCAAACUCUACGUAAACUCAUCCUCCUUCGUCAGAUUCACCCACAAGUUCAUCAUGACCUUCAAGAUGGAUUUUGCAGCCUUUAUGAACGAUAGGACCAAUCUGAACCUCCUCUUGAAGCGUAUCAGUUCCUACUUUGGUGACUCUUCACCAGAAAAUAUGGUGGUGAUGGACGUCAGCAUGGGUUCCUUGGUCUUGACCUGGAGCAACACGACUCUUAAUGGCGACAUCUGCAACAACAAGACCAUCAACAGGCUGUACAGACGGAUGGUUAGGAAAGGUAACAAUAUUCGACCAAGCUUCAGCCGCCACCUUAGUCCCGACUAUCGGCUCCUUGAUAUUUCCUAUGAACUGCAGGGAGCGUGUGUUUACAAGCCCACAACAUUUAUCUCCCCUACCACUGAGGCAAGCACCACAGGGACGGGACUGAGUAUCUGGGCUCAGGUUGUCCUGCCAGUGAUGAUUGCCCUUCUGCUUCUGUUGCUGAUCCUUCUCAUCAUCCUGCUUGUAAAUAGGAGAAGGAAACGACAGUCUGCUUUGCAGAAUUCUGAAAAACCUGUGUUUACAAAUGACCGAAAUCCCAUAAUUUUCCCCGAGGAAAUGGAGGGCGACGAUAUGGGACUAAAACCAAAGAAACCCAUAGUUUUACCCAAUGACAGGAACCAGUCCGCAUCACCGUCGCCAAGGACAACAUAUUACUUCGAGGAUGAGCCUCAGUCUGAUCAUGGCAGUAACUAUGGGACAGGAAGUCGGACAGGGUCAGGUCGUCGACAUCCUAAGUCACCUCCGCCAUAUUACCAGCCUCAUUCUGAUCCACCUCCGUACCGACUUCCUCCGCCCUACCUCAAUAACUCGUCAGAUGUAUGAUGGGAUAUGAAUGUUGCCAUGGUGAUUUGAUGUUUGUUGAAUGAAUACUUACACAGACAGUCGUGUGGUCAAGAUAGGUGUUUCUGGAGUUUAUGAUUGAACAUAUCCUUUAUGUUACCAGGAUAACUGUUGUUUAUUGUGUAUUGUUUGUUAAGGAAUAUGUUGAGUCUCUGUGACAGAGAUUUGUUGUCAGUAUUCGCUGUCUUGAUUGGACAGCUUUCAGUCUCCAGUCUGAGGAGAUGAACAAACAUUAACAAGACUCGUACAAUCAAGGAGAGUCGAUAGGAUAGUAUCAUCUUAGAGAUUCCUCUUGGAUACAUUUUACAUGAAACUGAAGAUGCAUGACGAUCAUUGUGUUUCUCUUAUCACUGCAUAUCUAGUCUCAGAGGAAUCCAAAUUAAAUCGUUGGAGAUUGAUGAGGGGUAUAUGAAAUGACCCAUUUGUGCCUUUAACGUCUAAUCAACUGGGAGCCCAGUGCUAUUGUUCUUUAUAUUCUUUAGAUGACAUUUUUGUCACCAGUCCAUGAGAGUAUUGUUCACUUCUUCAGUAUUGUUACCUUCGUAAUGAAUGACUUCUAUAUCAGAUCAGUCCAUCCAACCUUGUACAUUGCAUAUGUACAGUUAUUGUGAAACCGUUAUUGUUAUGGUGGUACUUACUAUGCACGCGACGACAGAUUAACUAUGGUAAGGCUUAAAAAAAUUAAAAGAAUCGGUUCUCAGGCAAUGACUUUUGAAAACAGAGCGCAGGUGGGCAGUGUUUUUUUUCUUGUAUUUGUUUUUUUAAAUGGCAUAUAAAAAAACGUGAGGCAGACUUAAUGAUGAGGCGGGCGGUGCCUGAGAACCAAGACUAUUAUUUUUUUUAGCCUAAUAUGAAAGAGUCAGGUUUUAUUGAACUUCUUUUGAGAAGUAUGUAAGUUGCCUAGCUGACCAGUCGAAUAUGUAUGCAGCCUUCAAAAUUCAGGCUUGUCCUGUAGCCUGAGACAACUAAAUUGUGCUGAAGACAAGUACAAAUCAAAUGGUGGUAGUCCUCUUUGGCUAGUAUCAUUUGAGGGCUAUAACUCUGAACAAGUUCUCAGCGUUUCAAUAAACAUAGUAAACAUUUUUAUUUUGUUCAAGCACAGCUAAUUACAAACUCUGGGGACCUGUGAAAUAAGGUUUACUUGUCUUCUUGACCAAUCUUGAAAAAACACCCAAAUUUCUAGGGCUGUAUACUGUAUAAACACCACUGGUGUAGGAGCAUCUGUAGGUAUUAUGAAGUAAUAUUGUGCCGUCGAUGGAUUAUUAAUAUGUGUAAUUGUUUCAGGGGCUCCUGUACACAAAGUUUUAGCUCACCUGGCGUAUUUACCUCAUUAAAAAGCCUAUUCAUGGCCAUUUCUCAGCCAUUUUUGUUCAGAAUGAAAUUGGUGUAUGUGUUGGAGCUCAACAUAUGUUCCAUUUCUUACAAUACAGAGUAUUUUUAAUUCUGACUUAGGGCAUACUUUUUUUUAUUCUUUUGAAAUACAGUUUGGGCUCUGUAAGAUUCCCUAUGAUGGCUAUACUAAGGAACUUAGGCAUAUAUGGCCUGUUGUUGCCAUACCUUGUUUCUACAAUACAUCUUUUGGAUUUUAGUGUGUUUGUUCAAGUCCUUUUUGCUGAAAAAAAUUGAAUAUCAAUGCUGACAGCAACUGCAUAUCCAGGUGAGCUACAUUGCCAUGGCACUAUUUGUAGUUUCAGGAGCUCAUAUCACAGCGUAUCACCACUUUGCGUACCACAGUUGCUUUUGUACAUGAGACUCCUUCAAUACUACUCAAAAGACGUUCAAGAACACCUAACGUUUUCCUAUGACAUAAGUUAAUCUGUCAUGGCCAUUAACUUCUUUUGAGUGGUGUAUUUCAUAACACAAGAUCUCGCAUUGCACCAUGUAGGCAUGUAUCAUGCUGUUAUACACCAGUUCUUCAUAUGUCCAUUAUGAUUACAUAUCUACCUUGUGUCAAUAUACACACUUUGUAUUAUUGCCUGGACAGUUCAGGGCAGGCACAUUUUAACUUACUCAAGUAUGAUUUUAUGCCACUUAUAGCAAUAUUCCAUCAAUAUCAUGGUGAAAGGAUGAAAAAUGGGCUUCACACAUUGUGCCAAUGUGGGGAAUUGACCAUUGGCCUACGGCGUCAAGAGCAAUCGCUUUAACCACUAGGCUACUCACUGCCCCUAUUUCUUCAAGAGCAGCUGGUGAUUAGCAUGUAUGGUAACAUCUGAUACUUAUAGUGAUUCCAGUGAAGCUAGUGAUUUGGGCAAAUGUUUAUGGUCAAACAAGUGUUUCAAAUGUGAAUACUAUUUUCAGUUUAUGAUUUUGUAAUAUUAAAAUUAAUAUUUAAAAUUAAGAAUUAAAGUCAAGGGGUCCUUGUCAUUACCUAGAACAGAUUUCGGGUUCCAAAUUAAUACACAACAGAAAGCUCAAGGACACCAAGACCCCCUCGAAUUCCAAGUUAUUACAUAGAUCGUGUUCCAUAAAACCUUUCCACCAAAAUGAUUUCAAGAGAAGAGUGCCAAGAACCAACCAUCUGUAUAACAUUCUAUGUACUAGCACGGUGCCAAAGUUGGAUAUUUUACUGACGUUUAACCUGUAAUACUGUAUAUUUGAUACUAUUUACUUUGUACUUAUUUUAUUGAUUGUUCAGCAUGUUUAUAUAUUUCAUUACUAUGAAUGUGAGAUUCUGUGUUUUUUCAUGUUUAAUAAUAAGAUGUUACGUAUACUUCAUUCACUGUCACCCUAGCCAUGCUUCUACUGAAAUUGCGGUUAGUUGAAUUUUUUAGAAUAAGUUUAUCUGUCAGUCCUCUUUGUAAGUCUUAUCCUCUGACAACACACAAUUUGAAUUUUAGGACGAACAUUCUCAAAAACUGUUUGUUCAUUAUUUUGGGACUAAUUUUACUUUUGUUGUUUUAAUGUUUUUAUCGUUAAAGGGGAGGUCACACCUUCAUGUUAAUGAGGUCAUUUGUCUAGUCAACUGGCAAGGUCACAUUCAGACUAUGUGACUUGCAUGGAAGGACAUUCAGUACCUGCCUAGUCAGAUGGGAAGUCUCACCUUUUAUUUUAUUUUAUAUUUAGGAUUUUCUUGUUAGAAAGAGUUAGCAAGCCAUCAUGUCCUGACUUCUAAAUCAGUACCCAUGUAAAUAUGUACUUGCUUAAAGUGGAUUUGUCUAGUCACUUCCUUGCUCAAUUUGUUCACGUAUCUGUUGUGUAGGUUGUAAAAUAUUUUGAAUUCCGAUUUGGGUACUUUGUGAAGUUAUUCUUUAUAUAUUUGUGGUCUAAAUGAGGAACAUCUUGAAGUUCAAACAAGUGUCUGCAGUUCACGGUGUAAUCCUGAUAAACCGAUUACAGAGAAUACGAUAUCUUAAUGAAGAUAGCUGAAGACUAUGCGAUAUUCCAUUAGAUAAUUGGGUCAAUGAUAUGGCUACCUUUAUGAACAAUGUCACUAGAUUGUCCUGUAUUUCACUGUCAUGAGACUGGGGGUGUUCUGUAUGUAUAUAUUGUGUAUGUGUUGUAUAUUUUCUCAGGCAUUUUGUUGAAAUAACUUGGUUUAUGGAUUCUCAGAAAUUUCAUAACAUUGUGUUUUUACCUUCCUGCCAGUUCAAGUUUUUAUCCCUCAACAUUAUUUUUUCGGGGUCCAGCGAACAAAUGAUUUUUUUCCAAUUAUUUUCUGUAACAUAUUACUUUAAAAACAUACAAGGCCUACCCAGCCCGGAAUAUGAAAUUGUUGGACCUUAAUGAAUGAAACCACAGCAGGAAGGGAAGGGAGGUAACCCUUUGACAUAACAUAAAAGCACAACUAUAAAUUAUUUUAUUUCAUUUAUUUUCUCGAGAAGAUACACUUAAGAGAUUUAGUAAAAAAUGAAAAUAGUAUUUCAAGGUUCAAUAUUUAUUUGGUUAUUUUAUAUUAAAAAAAUCUAUAUCUGUAAUCCAAGAACUAUUUACAAAUGCCUUUUUUCUAUAUCCCUUUAUAUCGUGUCACUGUCUUCCUGCUUCACCUCUGCUGCCAUUGUAUGUAAGAAAUGACAAUGAUUUCCAGACAACUAAUUUCAAACCAGUGUGUGUGAGUACAGAUAUGUAGUGGAUUAAUGUCGACAUAGUUUAUAUGAAGUAAUGUCGUCCUCAUUAUGGUUGUGGACUUUUGUCACAAAUAUUGAUCACAAUAUCGGCGCUAGCUACUAACAAUUGUAAGGGAACCGAGAUAUACGGGAUCAAUUCCUUAUACACAACAUCAUAGGCCCGGGAGAUAUUUACAUGUACCCAUGAUGUUAUAUUACCAUAUCACCUUCCCUGCAGAGUGAGUUGUGUGUAACGCCACUUGGGACAGUAUUACAGUUAUAUCACUGCGUGUCAGCUUAAUGUGGGAGGAAAGCCUGAAGUGAUGCAGGUCUCAGACGUUUACCACUUCGGUGAAACCCACGAGCACGGGUAUGGUGCUGACAAACCUAGUAACACAGUCAAGUGACAGACUUGAUAGAUCAAAUGUUUUUGACAAGAUGAUAAUUUAAUUAGACAUCAAUGGGUUAGUAAAAGGUUGAAAUAAUUAAUAAUAUGUAUGAAUUAAUAUUUGAGUAAACAAGGUGUUUAAACUAUCAAGAGCAAAAUCUAGUCUAACUUGGUGAUCUGAGAAAGAUCAACUGACAAUAUGAGCGUUGAAUUGUGGAAAAAUAUUCAAGCAUAAAAUUCAAGACUCAAUAUCCUAAGGGACAUAAUGACAGUAUGGCACUAAGAUAGCAUAGGGUCUGUGGCUGUUAAACUGAAAAUUGUUACAGUCUUUAUUUGUCCUACACAGGGUCUGUGCAGGGCCCACUUGCACAAAGCGAUCUUAGCGCUACAAUUAUUGUAAGCCUAUGUUAAAGUAUGGGAGUUACGAUCAUCUAAGCGCUAAGAUCGCUUUGUGCAAGUGGGCCCAGAUCUUAUCAGCCAGGGGUCUUGGUUCCUCUUGGAUUCCACAGAAACAAUAACUUACUUUCCACGGACUUCUGCAGAAGAUUGUCAUUUCAGAACAAUGUAUGUCAUGACACCUCUGUUGGAACCAGCAUCAGUAAAUCACAGGUUUGUAUACACAUCAUUCCACCAUCAACCGUCAAUACAACCGGCCACUUUGCAGUGUAGUCGUGACUAUUUUUAGUCAGGUAAUAACACGAGGCAGUGUAUACACAAGUAAAAUGAGCCCUACUUAAUACAUGAUUUUUGUGUGAGCCCAACUGCUGCCAGAUAACGAAGCAAUAGUGUAGGGAUUGGAUGAGUCCAAAUUUACUACCCGGGUACCCAAUCCCCUGUUACCCGACCCUACCCAGGUACCCGCUGUAGGUUUCAAGAGUUUAGUACAAAAUGUCGUAUAAUUGUUUGAACGGAGCCCUUACGACAAUCAUAGUCACCUCUUACAAGCAUAGUCGCCUCUUACGACAAGCAUAGUUGCCUUUUACGACAAGCAUGGUUGCUGAAGACCUAUUCUUCCCUGGAUCUCUACUCUGGUCGAAUAUGGAGUGUACAAACCUGUGAAGUACUGACGAUGAGUUAUUCCUGAUUUUCCAAACCAUCUUCCAUCAUCCAGGGACAGUUAUGGUGGACCAAUGAUGCUAACGACCAUGUAUACAUCGUGCUAAUUGUACAGGGCAAAUGUUCUCGGGUAAUCAUGAAGCUAUGUUAACCGAUGCUGACACAAACAAUUAUUAGUUGAUUUGUUAAUGUCGCUGUAUUUUACACUCAGCAUAUCAUUAUAUAGUAUUUAAGGAUUCACUCAUAUAUUGAAAGAAUUUUUAUCUAUCGAUAUUAUUUCAGUCAUAUAUGAGAAUGACUGCAAGCAUAAGACACUAAUACCCUCAUAUACCCUUCCCAGCGUCUCUGUUGAUUUCAAUGUGAAAACUUAAGCAAGGGAGACAACUCUGAAAUUGUUCCAUUGUCGUUGUGAUUGUAUAUAAUGUGAACUUGCUUGAUCCUCUCCAGCAAUAAAACCGUCCUACAUUA